CCUUUUCCCGCGGGGGGCGGGGGCGGCGAGUGCGGGGCCGCGAAGGCGCGGACUCCUUUCUGCGGCGGAGGGAUCCCGGCGGAGGCGGCCGCAGCCGGGGCCGCUGCCUGAGAGUUGUUGUUUCCUCCUCCUCCUCCGCCUCCGCCGCCGUUGCUUGAAUGGUGGAGCCGAGGCUCGGCUCGUGAGCAUACACUGACAGCUACAGGGCAGGCGGCGGCACCGUCCCCGCGUCCCCUCGGCGGCGGGGUGUCCCGCCGGCGGCCCCGAAGUGACCCGCAAACAUGUCUCGUGAGAGGAAAGGCCUCUCGGAGCUGCGAUCGGAGCUCUACUUCCUCAUCGCCCGGUUCCUGGAAGAUGGACCCUGUCAGCAGGCGGCUCAGGUGCUGAUCCGCGAAGUGGCCGAGAAGGAGCUGCUGCCCCGGCGCACCGACUGGACCGGGAAGGAGCACCCCAGGACCUACCAGAAUCUGGUGAAGUAUUAUAGACACCUUGCACCUGAUCACUUGCUGCAAAUAUGUCAUCGGCUAGGACCUCUUCUUGAGCAAGAAAUUCCUCAGAGUGUUCCUGGAGUACAGACUUUAUUAGGAGCUGGAAGACAGUCCUUGCUACGAACAAAUAAAAGCUGCAAGCAUGUGGUAUGGAAAGGAUCUGCUCUGGCUGCACUGCACUGUGGGAGGCCACCAGAGUCUCCAGUUAACUAUGGUAGCCCACCUAGCAUUGCGGAUACUCUGUUUUCAAGGAAGCUGAAUGGGAAAUACAGACUUGAGCGACUUGUUCCAACUGCAGUAUAUCAGCAUAUGAAGAUGCAUAAGCGAAUUCUUGGACACUUAUCAUCGGUGUACUGUGUAACUUUUGAUCGAACUGGCAGGCGGAUAUUUACUGGUUCUGAUGAUUGUCUUGUGAAAAUCUGGGCCACAGACGAUGGAAGAUUGCUAGCUACUUUAAGAGGACAUGCUGCUGAAAUAUCAGACAUGGCUGUAAACUAUGAGAAUACUAUGAUAGCAGCUGGAAGUUGUGAUAAAAUGAUUCGUGUCUGGUGUCUUCGAACCUGUGCACCUUUGGCUGUUCUUCAGGGACAUAGUGCAUCCAUUACAUCACUACAGUUCUCACCAUUGUGCAGUGGCUCAAAGAGAUACCUGUCUUCUACUGGGGCGGAUGGCACUAUUUGCUUUUGGCUUUGGGAUGCUGGAACCCUUAAAAUAAAUCCAAGACCCACAAAAUUUACAGAGCGUCCUCGGCCUGGAGUGCAAAUGAUAUGUUCUUCGUUCAGUGCUGGUGGGAUGUUUUUGGCCACUGGAAGCACUGACCAUAUUAUUAGAGUUUAUUUUUUUGGAUCAGGUCAACCAGAAAAAAUAUCAGAAUUGGAGUUUCAUACUGACAAAGUUGACAGUAUCCAGUUUUCCAACACUAGUAACAGGUUUGUGAGUGGUAGUCGUGAUGGGACAGCACGAAUUUGGCAGUUUAAACGAAGGGAAUGGAAAAGCAUUUUGUUAGAUAUGGCUACUCGUCCAGCGGGCCAAAAUCUUCAAGGCAUAGAAGACAAAAUCACAAAAAUGAAAGUAACUAUGGUAGCUUGGGACCGACAUGACAACACAGUUAUAACUGCAGUUAAUAACAUGACUCUGAAAGUUUGGAAUUCUUACACUGGUCAACUGAUACAUGUUCUAAUGGGUCAUGAAGAUGAGGUGUUUGUUCUUGAGCCACACCCAUUUGAUCCUAGAGUUCUCUUCUCUGCUGGUCAUGAUGGAAAUGUGAUAGUGUGGGAUCUAGCAAGAGGAGUCAAAGUUCGAUCUUAUUUCAAUAUGAUUGAAGGACAAGGACAUGGUGCAGUGUUUGACUGCAAAUGCUCCCCUGAUGGUCAGCACUUUGCAUGUACAGACUCUCAUGGACAUCUUUUAAUUUUUGGUUUUGGGUCCAGUAGCAAAUAUGACAAGAUAGCAGAUCAGAUGUUUUUUCAUAGUGAUUAUCGGCCUCUUAUCCGUGAUGCGAACAAUUUUGUGUUAGAUGAGCAGACGCAGCAGGCACCUCAUCUCAUGCCUCCCCCUUUUCUGGUUGAUGUUGAUGGAAAUCCUCAUCCAUCAAGGUACCAGCGAUUGGUUCCUGGUCGUGAAAACUGCAGGGAGGAGCAGCUCAUUCCUCAGAUGGGAGUAACUUCUUCAGGAUUGAACCAAGUUUUGAGCCAGCAAGCAAACCAGGAUAUCAGUCCUCUAGACAGCAUGAUUCAAAGACUGCAGCAGGAGCAGGACCUCAGGCGUUCGGGUGAAGCAGGUGUUAGUAAUGGCAGCCGUGUGAACAGAGGCUCAGUAAGUUCUACCUCCGAAGUUCAUUCACCACCAAAUAUAGGAUUAAGGCGCAGUGGGCAAAUCGAAGGUGUACGGCAGAUGCACAGCAAUGCUCCGAGAAGUGAAAUAGCCACAGAGCGAGAUCUUGUUGCUUGGAGUCGGAGGGUAGUAGUGCCUGAGCUCUCGGCUGGUGUGGCUAGUAGACAAGAAGAAUGGAGAACUGCAAAGGGAGAAGAGGAAAUAAAGAGUUACAGAUCAGAAGAGAAAAGGAAACACCUAACUGUUGCAAAAGACAAUAAAAUACUUACUGUCUCAAAGAAUCAUGCUCAUGAGCAUUUCCUGGAUCUUGGGGAUUCUAAAAAGCAACAAGCAAAUCAGCACAAUUACCGUACAAGAUCUGCACUGGAAGAAACACCCAGGCCCUUGGAGGAGCUAGAAAACGGAACUAGUUCUUCAGAUGAAGGUGAAGUACUUGCUGUCAGUGGUGGGACUUCUGAGGAAGAGGAGCGAGCAUGGCACAGUGAUGGCAGCUCCAGUGACUACUCCAGUGAUUAUUCUGAUUGGACAGCAGAUGCUGGAAUUAAUUUGCAGCCACCAAAGAAAGUUCCUAAGCAUAAAACCAAGAAACCAGAAAGUAGUUCAGAUGAAGAAGAAGAAUCUGAAAACCAGAAGCAAAAACAUAUUAAAAAGGAAAGAAAAAAAGCAAAUGAAGAAAAAGAUGGACCAACAUCACCAAAGAAAAAAAAGCCCAAAGAAAGAAAACAAAAGAGAUUGGCUGUAGGAGAACUAACUGAGAAUGGUCUGACGUUAGAAGAAUGGUUGCCUUCAGCGUGGAUCACAGACACACUGCCCAGGAGAUGUCCAUUUGUGCCACAGAUGGGUGAUGAGGUUUAUUAUUUCCGACAAGGUCAUGAAGCAUAUGUUGAAAUGGCCCGGAAAAAUAAAAUUUAUAGUAUCAAUCCUAAAAAGCAGCCAUGGCAUAAGAUGGAACUAAGGGAACAAGAACUAAUGAAAAUCGUUGGUAUAAAGUAUGAAGUGGGAUUGCCUACCCUUUGCUGCCUUAAACUUGCUUUUCUAGAUCCUGAUACUGGUAAACUAACCGGUGGAUCAUUUACCAUGAAAUACCAUGAUAUGCCUGACGUCAUAGAUUUUUUAGUCUUGAGACAACAAUUUGAUGAUGCAAAAUAUAGACGAUGGAAUAUAGGUGACCGCUUCAGAUCCGUCAUAGAUGAUGCCUGGUGGUUUGGAACAAUUGAAAGCCAAGAGCCUCUCCAACCUGAGUACCCUGAUAGUUUGUUUCAGUGCUAUAACGUAUGUUGGGACAAUGGAGAUACAGAAAAGAUGAGUCCUUGGGAUAUGGAAUUAAUACCUAAUAAUGCUGUGUUUCCAGAAGAACUGGGUACCAGUGUUCCUUUAACUGAUGUUGAAUGUAGAUCACUAAUUUAUAAACCUCUUGAUGGAGAAUGGGGAGCCAAUCCCAGGGAUGAAGAAUGUGAAAGAAUUGUUGGAGGAAUAAAUCAGUUGAUGACACUAGAUAUUGCAUCUGCAUUUGUUGCCCCUGUGGACCUUCAAGCUUAUCCCAUGUAUUGCACUGUGGUGGCCUAUCCAACGGAUCUAAGUACAAUUAAACAAAGACUGGAGAACAGGUUUUACAGGCGCUUUUCAUCACUAAUGUGGGAAGUUCGAUAUAUAGAACAUAAUACACGAACAUUCAAUGAGCCAGGAAGCCCAAUUGUGAAAUCUGCUAAAUUUGUGACUGAUCUUCUCCUGCAUUUUAUAAAGGAUCAGACUUGUUAUAACAUAAUUCCACUUUACAACUCAAUGAAGAAGAAAGUUUUGUCUGACUCUGAGGAAGAAGAGAAAGAUGCUGAUGUUCCAGGAACUUCUACCAGAAAAAGAAAGGAUCAUCAACCUAGAAGAAGGUUACGCAACAGAGCUCAGUCUUACGAUAUUCAAGCAUGGAAGAAACAAUGUCAAGAAUUACUGAAUCUCAUAUUUCAAUGUGAAGAUUCAGAACCUUUUCGACAGCCAGUGGAUCUUCUUGAAUAUCCAGACUACAGAGACAUCAUUGACACUCCGAUGGACUUUGCCACUGUUAGAGAGACUUUAGAGGCUGGGAAUUAUGAAUCACCAAUGGAGUUAUGUAAAGAUGUCAGGCUCAUUUUUAGUAAUUCUAAAGCAUAUACACCAAGCAAAAGAUCAAGGAUUUACAGCAUGAGUUUACGCCUGUCUGCUUUCUUUGAAGAACAUAUUAGUUCAGUUUUGUCAGAUUAUAAAUCUGCUCUUCGUUUUCAUAAAAGAAACACCAUAACCAAAAAGAGGAAGAAGCGAAACAGAAGCAGCUCCCUGUCCAGCAGUGCUGCAUCAAGCCCUGAAAGGAAAAAAAGGAUCUUAAAACCCCAGCUAAAGUCAGAAGUAUCUACCUCUCCAUUCUCCAUACCUACAAGAUCAGUACUACCAAGACAUAAUGCUGCUCAAAUGAAUGGUAAACCAGAAUCCAGUUCUGUGGUUCGAACUAGGAGCAACCGUGUAGCUGUAGAUCCAGUUGUCACCGAGCAGCCCUCUACAUCAUCAGCCACAAAAGCUUUUGUUUCAAAAACUAAUACAUCUGCCAUGCCAGGAAAAGCAAGAGAGUGUAAGAACAAUGUUCUUAUACCAGGAACCAUUCAAGUAAAUGGCCAUGGAGGACAACCAUCAAAACUCGUGAAGAGAGGACCUGGGAGGAAGCCCAAGGUAGAAGUGAACACCAGCAGUGGUGAAGUGACACACAAGAAAAGAGGUAGAAAGCCCAAGCAUCUGCAGUGUGCAAAGCAGGAAAACUCUGAGCAAAACAACAUGCAUCCCAUCAGGGCUGAUGUGGUUCCUUCUUCAACAUGCAACUUCCUUUCUGAAACUAAUGUUGUUAAGGAGGAUUUGUUACAGAAAAAGAGUCGAGGAGGCAGAAAACCCAAAAGGAAGAUGAAAACUCAAAACCUAGAUGCAGAACUCAUAGUUCCUACAAAUGUUAAAGUGUUAAGGAGAAGUAACCGGAAAAAAACAGAUGAUCCUAUAGAUGAAGAAGAGGAGUUUGAAGAACUCAAAGGCUCUGAGCCUCACAUGAGAACUAGAAAUCAGGGUCGAAGGACAGCUUUCUAUAAUGAGGAUGACUCAGAGGAAGAACAGAGACAGCUGUUGUUCGAGGACACCUCCUUGACAUUUGGAACUUCUAGUAGAGGACGAGUCCGAAAGUUGACUGAAAAAGCAAAGGCUAAUUUAAUUGGUUGGUAACUUGAAGCAAAAUAUUGCAUUUUAAAAAUCUGUAACGCAGGUACAGUUAAGGAGUAAGUAGAACUAAGGUUUCUGCUUCCUUGCUGCUAUGAUGGAUUAGGGAAUGUUACAAUUUGACUUGGGAAAAUGGACAAAAACACAUUUAGAAGAUAAUUUACAUCUUUGAAUGAAAAAAAAAUCUAUAUACAUAUAUAUUUCAAAUGUUUGCUAUUUAUUGCCCUUAGGUAGGUUAUUCGGUUCCACAUUCAUUUCAUUCGCUGUUUGAAAUUGAGGACCUGUUAUAAAUUCUGGUUUAUUUAUGGAAGAGACAGCUCUGCUACACUAUUAAGAAACAUAGUAUUCCUAGAGAUAAAGUAUGUUUCCUGUUAAAUUGAGUUAUUUUUGACCAAGUGAGGUACAUUUUUACUGAUAGCAGAAGUCAUGCCCUAGGAAGAGAGAUGUUACAGAGAGUAGCAGUACAUUACGAAUGGCUUCCUCUAAAGAUAACUUUCCAGUUCCCACCAUUUGUUAUCCUGAAAAGUGUUGUGAGCUGUAGGUGUUCAGCUACAGAAUAUCUAGAGGAAGCUUUUGUUUUACUCCAUUUCUGCCAAACUUAGGAGAAAAAUGUAUUGAUGCAAAGGAAACAUAUCCACAUUGGAAAACAUUUGACUGUCUAAUUUUUCAGACCUUGAUUCUUAUAUCAGUCACUCUAUCUCUGUUUAUUGUGCCAAAGACUGAGAAUCAGUGCAGUGGAAAGCCUGUUUUUGACUGUCAGGACAGCAUACACUUUUCAGUACUGGAAAAGCUAUAUAUUCUAAAGAGCAAGUUAUUACAAAAUUAUGCUGAGUUGUAUCUUUUUUUUGGUACUAAAUGUAGGAAAAUAAUGCACUGGUGGGUCCUUUGACAGAGAUAUCUUAGAGAAAAUGUUUAAGUGGUUAAAGGAUUCAAGGAAAAUACAGGAAACAUGUAUGGAAUUUGAUGUUUACUUGAUCUGGAUUAAUGUCAUUUUUAAACUUCAGACAUAUCCAGUAGGCUAAAAUGACUUAAAAAGAACCAUGUCUGUGUGCGUGUGUAUAUUGAUAAAUGGGUGUGAUUGAAUAUAUAUAUACAAACACAUUCUUAAGUACUAUUACCCAGGUAUAAAUUCUUUUUUCAGGAUUUUUUAGAUAGUAGUAGAAUAAAAAUAAUUUUAAAAUGUCAUACUUUAUAGUUUAAUUUUAAGGAAAAGAUUGGUUAUUUUCAAUUAUUAAAAGUUAAAAAUAGGCCAAAUCACUUUUUAUGCAAUCAUGUUUUAUACAGUGGUCUCAUUGCACAUUGUGUUUUUUCUGCACUUUUUACGGUAUCCUUAUCAAGCUGGUAUCUCAAUAUACACUCUAAAGAGAAACUCUCAUUUAAUGAUUGUGCCUUGUAUUCUAUUAUGUUUUGCAUCAUUAGUAAAAUUAAGUUGUCUAUUGUAAAUGAUAACUAUAUGACUUAGGAGAAUGUAUUACUAUAUGUCCUGCUAUGGGAAAAGGAAAGCAGUUAUUUAUUUGUUUAUGGUACAGUAGUUAUUUUAUAUCUUGAAAACCAACAUAAAUGCCAUUUCUAUUGUUUAAAAUUACUUUUUUUUGGUAAGUUUUAAGAAUGUAGUAUUUUCUGAGAACUGAUAUGGUACAAAGAUGUAACCAGAUCUUGCAGAUACUACGUUUUUAAAAAGGAAGGAUGGGGAAUAUAUAUCAGCAUGACCCUGACGGAGAGAAUAAAGUCUUUAAUUGAACCUUGGCAAAAUAUGUAAUUAGAUUAUAAUUGUUUCCUUGUUUCCAAUACAGAUAAAUGUUAACUGUCAUUUAACUGUCUUGAAGAAGAAUGAAAAGUGAUGCAUUUGGGCUUUUUAGAUCAUUUAUAAUGAAAUUUGUACAGAAACCCUCCAGUGAAACUAAGUGAACCAUUUUCCAGACCUUGACUGGAUUGCUGUGAUUUUACAGUUAAAAAAUAAUUUCAAAAUUUUUAGGUUUUUUGUACAUUUAUUUUUUUCUAACAAAUAUAUUGAACUAUAUAAUUAAAAUUAAGUAGUUAACCCUUCAUAAUGCAGAAACGGAUGAUGUGUUAUAUAGAAAAAUGAGUCAAUUUCACCAUUACUGAAAAUGAUAGUGUGUACAUUGGAAAUUUAAGUCAUUAAAGUAAUUAGUUACUUUUGAAGGGAAUCUAUUUGAGAAAUGUAAUUUCCUGAUGUUAUCUGCAUUGUAGUAGAAAAUUAGACUAAAAUCCAUUUUUAUAAAUAAAUGUAGUUAUAAGGUGUGUUCAAUAUAAGGAAGUGCGCACAGUCUUAGUGUGGAGGACCUCUAGAAUGGGGCACAGAGAGUUCCAACCUCUGAGCAGUGAUUUCCAUCUUUAUUAUAACAAGAAAAUAGAACAUUUCUGUAUUAAAGACACUGUGUAUUCAUGACCGUAUUUGGACAUUUUUAGACACUGGUUUCUUAGGAAAGUAAAAUGACUUGGAUUGCUUUAUUUGUAACUGAAAAUAUUGAUAUAUUAAUACCAGUUACGGACUUUAUAUUUUUAUAAUUUAGCUUCUGUACAUUGCAGAAGAUAAAUUAUGAACUUUAAAUCAUCAUGUUUUGGUUUGUUUUACUGCUUGGAAAAGUCUCCUCUUUGCGACAGUAACAUCCUGUAUGUACUGUUUGUACGUCAGAAGGAGUUGUUAGCACUCAUCUUAGGUAUGCAAUAAGAAAAAUCUCGUUUAUCAGAAAGGAAAUUCAUUAUGUACAUGGAACAUAGAUACUAGUUUUCAGGCUGAGUUGAGUGGUCCAUGCCUAUAAUCCCAGCAUUUGGGACGUGGAGACAGGAACAUCCAAGAGUUCAAAGUUAACCUUUAGUGGCAAACCAAGUUCAAGACUAGGGCUACAACAGCAGCAAUACCAAAAAGGCUCAGUUUAUAUUUCUAAUAUUCAACCAUAUUGUUAUACUAUCCCGUCUUCAUGAAGCCCGAGUUUAGUAGAAGUUUCAGUAUUGUCACAGGAAUAGUUUAAAGACUCAGUCUAAUUGCAACCUACCAGCCUUUGGAAGUAGAGAUGUAGAAUCUUAAAGUCUCACCCCUCACAGUCUUCUCUAGAGCAGUCUUUGUCUUCUGCAUAUAAGUAUAAACUGAUAAUUAAGGGCCUUAUUUCCAUUGUUGUUUUCCAUUGUUUCACUACAACUAAAGGUUGGUGGGUUACUAAAGAAUUGUCACACUCUAACUAGAUAGCUAUGGAACAUUUGUCAGAUAGUUAGGCCACACCGGAGAUACACGAUUGAUUGACUGGAAGCAGUUUCACUUGAAAAUUAAUUAUGUAGGACAGUGAACAGCAAACAUUCUCAUACCACAUAAUCAUUAACAGAACUGUCUCUUAGCUGUAGUGUAGUAGACUAACCGGAACCUUCAAGGUUUAUUGAAAUAAAAGUUCAACCCUGCAUGAUAUUAGCAGCAUUUAUACUAUGAGUUUCAGUUGACAGUGUUUUAUUUUGACAUUCCAUUUUGUAUCAUCAUAGCUAUCUAUAAGCUUCUCUCCAAUGUAAGUUAAAAGUAUGUGGUUUCAAGCUUUCUAGCUAUCUAAAGAAAACAAACUGAUUUUAAUAUUUUGUUCACGUGAAGUUCUUUCUUUUUGAGUAGGCUGAAAGGACCAAGAUACUUGAGUUACUAAAGGGCUAUUACCAAUAUCCAUCCUUGUAUGCAGGAGGUGUACAGUAUUUUAAAAGUGAAUAGGGUGGAGAUUACUUUUAUUUAGGAUGCAUUAGCCCCAUAUUAUCCAGAAGAUACUGCUAACAGUAGUAGCUUAAUUAGGCAGUAAGUUGUCUUAGGUUAAAAAUUGGGAAAAGUACACCUUUUGUUUCCAUCCAAAAAAAUGAUUUCUAGAUGACUUCAACUAAAAUUAAUGCAUCUACUAAGAAACUAUUUUGUUUUUAAUUAUAAUUAUCAAAGUGAUCCAAAUGAAAAGACAUUCUCAACUAUGUGCAGUACUCCAGGAGGAGGUCUAAUUGAGUCAGAAGACUGUAAGUACCACUUUGAGCGCUCUGUAGAUCAACCCACACACAGUACAGUGAGUAGAUUAUCUGAGCUAUAAAUAUAUUUUUUAGUUUCAGUAGCUCUGUUUUGAAAUACUUUUUUAAUGCAGAUAAAAAAAUCAGGAAAUUAACCUUAUAUGGCACAAACCAAAUACAUAGUAGUAUAUGGAUGAGUUUCUACAUUUAAAGAACUAAGAAGAUAGGUUCAGGAUUGUAUUAUAGUACAUGCACUUACAAGACAGAUACACAUGCUGAUUACUUUCAAGGAUGUGUGUGUUGGUUUAUCACAACAAUACACUUAAGAAUAAGAAACAAUGUUACAUUUUUAGACCAUAUUGAAACAGCAAGAAGAGACAGGUCUUAAAAAGUUAUUAAGAAAACUACUAAAUCCCACCAUGGGAUAUUUAGACGUCUAAAUAUAGCUCAAUUUUAAAAAGCAACUGACCUAAAGGGUUAAUGUUGUAACUGACACAUUUCAAAUUAAAAUUAUGUUUAUUUUGUACAGAAAGCAAUGUUAAACACAAGCAGAUCUGUUGUAUGUAAUAAGUGACAGAUUUUUUAAAAUUAUUUAGCUUUACUGAUGUUUUAUUUCUUCUAGACCUGGAGUAUCAUGUCAUAAAUGGCAGUCUUGCACCACGGUAGCAGGCUCUUUCUUUUUGUACAUACUGAUUGGACCUUUCUUUACUGUUACGUGGACACUUUCUAUGUUAGUUUUGAUGCAUAAUUCUUGGAAUCCUUUUAUACAAACUAGAAUGUAUGUGUAAGAAUUCCUGUCCCUGCAAUGUAGUAACUAUAAACUUAUUUUUAAAUAAAUAGAAAACUUGUUUUUCUAAGCCAUUUUGUAGAGCCUCAUGAUUUCUUUGCUUUUCUGUUUAUUUUGAUUAGUUUUGGACAGCAUAAAGCACUUGGUACGUACUCAGUAGGCAGCUUACCAAAGCAAUUGUGAAAUAGAAGCCAUUAUGUAAAUUCUGGUUUGUUAGAGGUUCCAUUUUUCUGUCUAUUUGUGAAAUGUUAAAAUCAUUAUCAAAGAUUUCAAUCACCUAAUGUAAUUCCAGAGUGACUGAAGGUUAAAAAAUAAAGAUGCCUUUGCCUUUCUGUGUGUUUACUUAGAGCAGAUUUAUUGGCUUAUAUGUAAGUUACUGCACUGCUGAUAAGUUUAUGAUAGUUUUAUGAGGGCCACAUGUCAAAAAACAUUUGUACAUAAAUAUUUACUUAAAGCUAAAGCUUUGUUAAGGCUUUUAUACAGAUCUGCAAGAAUGCUGUUUUAUAGCUUGGCAUGGUGAUGCAUGUUUCAAUCCCAAAUGAUCAAGGGUUCAAAGACAGUCUUGAUUUUAUGUGACUGUAUCAAAACAGCAGCAAUUAAAGCAACAACAACAAAGAAAACAACUUUUUCAUUAUUUUCCUACAGACCUGUUUAGGUUGGCAUUUAUAUUUAUGAACUCUUAAGAAUCUCCAAUUUUAGGAUGAAGAAUAUUAGAAUUAUAUGUAAGACUUUAAAGUUAAGUUUAAACAGGAUGAUAAUUCAUGUUUCUACUCAUUCUCCAUAAGAAAUUGCAUUUAAAUUAUUUUGUGGUAAACUUCUUAGUUGAAACAAAUGUUUUUCAGGUACAUUUUCUAAAAUAUACCUAAUAUUUAAAAAAAAAUCAGCUAAGAAAAAUCAGUUCCAAACCAUUACUUUGAACUGAUUUUUCUUGUUCCAAUUAAUGUUUUAGCUAAGCCUCCCCAGUAUUUAAAAAUAGUGAGAUUAAAAGCCAGAGCUCAAAACUCCCGACCAAGCUUAAUUACAGGACCUUGCAAUUCUGAACUUAACACAGUUACCGUAUGUUGGUUACUAUGGGGAAGAGAGUUGUAGGGAGAAUCCAAUUCAUUAUUAUCUUUCAGGCCAGUUAGACAUGCUAAGCAUGAUGAAAUGGAAGUCUGGUCUUCAAAUUGGAAAAAUGGGAGUUUGGCUUUGCAGAUCGGUAAGGACUGAGUAACGUAGCAAGGCUGUUGCAUGUUUGAUCUUUACUGUCAAGAGAGUGAAUUCAAUAUUCAAAGUCUAAUCUAUCCAAACAGCUUAUCUCAGUCUUGUCUAAUUCUUAACCUUUGUAUUUGGCUCUUAAAUUUGCCGUUUGAUGUUCAGCACUAAGCAAGCUGUCUUAUAGCCACACUGCAGGAGGUGACAUUUGCUGGACCCUGGGAGCUUUGAUGUAAUGGAACAAUAUAUUACAAUAACAGUUGUUUGCUGUUGAUUAAAAAAGAAUAAACAUUUUCCAAGCUGAUUUCUCAAAGAUAGUUUUAAUGUCAAACAUCCUCAAAUUCUAAUUUUUUUUUUUUUUAAUUUAGGGUCUAGCUUUGAUAGAAAGCAAAAUUAAUCACCUGAAAGAACCUGCUGAAUUCCUAGAGUGUCAGAGUAUUUUCAUCCAUCCAUCCAUCUACCGUCCCUAGCUCUCUGCCAUCAACAUGCCUCCUGCAUUUCUGGUGCUAGAGAAAGCCUUAUGGAUUCAGUUCUCAAAGGAUUGUGUUUUGACCUAAUGACUCAGGGCUUUGCCUUUGUUUUUUCCUUCUUGGAAUGUUCUCAAGGCUGAAUUGCUGCUCCAACCAAGAUUCAUUCAAAAGCAGAUCCAUUCAGCCACCACAAUCCUGGCACAAAAGUAGAUUCGUACCCCAGUGAAUACUUUGAAAACCUCCUAUGUGUUUUAAGUAUAGAAUGUUAUGUACGUGACAAGGUUGAAUAUUUAUUCAGAGAAGACUGUAAGUUUUCACCUUGUAAGUGUAUUUCCACAUAAGCAGGAAGUGAUGGCUGAAGACAAUAGAGUAGUUUUAACUGCCUUCAUAAUCAUUGAGGUAAUGAUAAGCCAGAACCAGUGUACACUCUGAAGAGUCGGGCUUUCUCAGUUAAGUUACAGCUUAUCAUUUAAUAGACUAAUGAAAAAAAGACCUUGGUGACCUUAUAUGACAAAGGAUGCAGCUUUUAUAAAGAGUUGAGAAACGUCACCCAGCAGCUGUAACAGCAAGUGCUCAGAGGGUAAGCUUGCUGGACUAAGAUGGCUUUGAGAACAUUACUAUCACUUUGUCAUCUUCCCUCCUGAAAGGCCAACAUUUUAGACUGUUGGACAAAGUUUACCUGGGAGUGUUAGCUGAAACUUUACCUGUCAUGCUCAAUUGAAACCCUAUACCAAAUUUCAUCACUUUCUACUUACCUUGUGAUACUAAGACACCCUGGUAAAUGACUGCCAUGUUACCCAGAGCUGUGCGGUAAAAGGCUCUG